UGUAUAAAUAGAGAUCAAGAAUCACUUUUGCGAGGAGACUCUAUUGGUUUAUAAAAUUUCAACAGAUGUUCAUGAUUUUCUGUUUUGUGCAUUUUGGAUAGACAUGAUGAGUUUGAACGGUGAUCUUAUCGCAGAUCUCUUAGGCCGUGUUGAUGGCGUAACACUUGCAAGUUUGGGUUGCGUGUCGUCACAAUUUUGGUCCAUUGCAAAAGAGGAGAAGAUAUGGGAAGAGAAAUGCUCUUCUCUCUGGCCUUCCACACAGGACUCAGAUGUCAAAAAAUUCAUCUCUUCUUCACUGGGUGGCUUCAGAAAUUUCUAUGCAAGCUGUUUUCCAAUCAUUGCUUACGAUGAGUCUUUCAAGAGGCAUAAGGUGAAGAAGGUGUGUGAUUCUCUUCCCUCUGAUUUUGUGUCACUUGUAGAUGUAACAUACAAGGAUAAUAUCAUCUAUUCCAAAGUUGUGUGGGGCAUCCCCUGUGCUGAAGAAGAAUUUGACACCUGGUUCUCUAACUGUCCAUUCAAAAUGGAGCUCAUUAACUUUUAUGAUGUUGAAGGCGAGGAUCAGACCUCGGGAGAUGGGCUGCCAAAGAUUGACACAAUUGAGAAUGUGAAGAAGGAUUUGAAUUUCUGGGGGCAGAUGACGGAAAAUAUUAGGUUAAGCUGGAUUAUGGUGAACAAGAGAACGGGACAAGCAGCCAAUCUUUCAAGCUGGAGGCCUUUGUGUGAGCAGAGUGAUUGGGCUUCUCAUAAGGACUGUGUCAUAUCCUUCGGCUCCAUAUUGCCUGCUCACAACGUAUUGCCUUGUAAGUCUGUACAGUGUAUCCUUGUUUUAAAGUGUAGACUCUCGGAUAGUUUGAAGAUCACCGAGCUUAGCAUGCGUUUGGAAGAUACGAUGGGAGCUUGGGUUAAUGGGAGGGACAGUCUGCUCAUUCUAGAAAGAGCUGUGGGUUGCAGAAGAAGCAAUAAGCAGAUCCAGUUUUUUGCAUCUUAUCAAAAGCACUUGAGUGAACGGGGCAAAUUGAAAGAAGCAAACAUGAAAAAUGAAGGAUGUCUAGAUAUAAUCUGUAUUUUAGGUGGCAUUGUUGUCUCUGCUUCAUUUUGGUGUUUAGUUUUCAGAGAGAGUGGUCCCAUACUGGAAAUCUGAUCAAGAUAUUGUUGAUAGAUUAAUUGUGAAAAUAUGUGGAUAGUUGAACCGAAUUUUUGCUAACUUGCAUAAAAUUGGAAAAUAGGACAUUAUAAAGUCCUGUAAAUUCAAUUUCUAAAUUAAUGUAUAUAAAGGAAAUUCCAAUAUGGAGUUUAGUUUAAAAA